AUGUGGAAGCUCUCCGCCCUCCUCCUCGUGGCCUCUGCCUCCGCCGUCGUCCUUCCAGGACACCGUGAGGCACCGGAACUCACCGGACAAGCUCUUAUCGACUAUGUGAACACUGCUCAGAAAUUGUGGACCGCCGGACAUCAAGUGAUCCCAAAGGAGAAGAUUACCAAGAAGUUGAUGGAUGUGAAGUACUUGGUUCCCCACAAGGAUGAAGACAUCGUUGCCACUGAAGUCGCCGACGCCAUUCCAGACUCUUUCGAUGCUAGAGACAAGUGGUCAAGCUGUGUAUCGAUCAAUAACAUCAGAGAUCAAUCGGAUUGUGGAUCAUGCUGGGCGUUCGCUGCCGCCGAGGCGAUCUCCGACAGAACUUGCAUCGCAUCGAAUGGAGCUGUCAACACUUUGUUGUCUUCUCAAGAUCUUUUGUCUUGCUGUGUCGGAAUUUUGAGCUGUGGAAAUGGUUGUGAAGGAGGUUACCCAAUCCAAGCCUGGAAAUGGUGGGUCAAACACGGUCUCGUCACCGGCGGAUCCUACGAAUCUCAGUUCGGAUGCAAGCCAUACUCGAUCGCCCCAUGCGGACAGACUGUCAACGGUGUCACCUGGCCAAAGUGCCCAGAAGACACUGAGCCAACUCCAAAGUGUGUCGAGGCAUGCACAUCAAACAACACCUACCCAACAGGAUAUCUUCAGGAUAAACAUUUCGGAGCCACCGCUUAUGCCGUCGGAAAGAAGGUCGAGCAAAUCCAAACCGAAAUUCUUGCUCACGGACCAAUUGAAGUCGCUUUCACCGUCUAUGAAGAUUUCUACCAAUACACUACCGGAGUCUACGUGCAUACCGCCGGAAAGUCUCUCGGAGGUCAUGCAGUCAAGAUUCUCGGAUGGGGAGUCGACAACGGAACCCCAUAUUGGCUCGUUGCCAACUCCUGGAACGUCAACUGGGGAGAGAAGGGAUAUUUCCGUAUCAUCAGAGGACUCAACGAGUGUGGAAUCGAGCAUUCAGCUGUCGCUGGACUUCCAGACUUGGAUCGUCAUAAUGCUUAG